UCUAGCUUACGUACGGCACAUGUAACCCACGGUUGUGCAACUCCUUCUGGGUAACAUAGUGGUUGUCCUGCACGUUGACAUUGGGAUAGUAACCCAACAGAAGAACACUUCUAGGCUGACUUCUCUAACAGGGCGGGAUGGGAGCUUCUGUGUCCACACCUGCUGCACCUACAGUGAAGGCAGAGGCCAUGAUGGCUGCUCCUCCUCAGGGCUGCCCCAUGCACCAAGAGGCCCAGCCUGUCAAAGUGUCUCCACCUUCCGAGUGCCCCAUGCAUCAAGCUCAGCCUGUAAAGGCAUCUCCUCCAUCGGAGUGUCCAAUGCACAAAGCAGAAGCAGGUCCAGCCCACCAGAACCGGGCCUAUGAGUUUGUGGAGUGUCCCAUGAAAGCUGCAGCAGGCAUGAAGAGUGACAUCGACCCAGCAAAUAUGAUGCCUCCUCCCAACCAAGUGCCAGCUCUAGACCAGCCCUUCGACCUGUCACUCACCAGGGAGGAGUCCACCAUUCCCCGUCACGGCACAGAGAAGAACUGGGUCUACCCCUCUGAACAGAUGUUCUGGAACGCCAUGCUGCGCAAGGGGUGGCGCUGGCGUGAUGAUGACCUCGCUCCUCAAGACAUGACCAACAUCAUCAAAAUCCACAACCAGAACAAUGAGCAGGCCUGGCAGGAGAUCCUGAAAUGGGAGGCCAUGCAUGCAAGUGAAUGUCCAUGUGGGCCGACCUUGAAGAGAUUUGGUGGGAAAGCCAAAGAGUUCUCGCCCAGGGCUCGCUUCCGCCACUGGAUGGGCUACGAGCUGCCUUUUGACCGCCAUGACUGGAUCAUUGACCGCUGUGGGAAGGAGGUGCGUUACGUCAUUGACUACUACGACGGUGAAAUCGACCAAGCAACCUACCGGUUCUCCAUCCUGGAUGUACGCCCCGCCUUUGACUCUUUAGGUGCCGUCUGGGACCGCAUGAAGGUGGCCUGGUGGCGCUGGACCUCCUAAAGGACUCUGACAUACAUAUAGGUCACAGUGUGAACUUCAUACACACACACACACACACACAUGCAAAGACUGAAUAUGGUGUUCCUUAUUUCAGGUCUUUGCUACAUGUGUGGUGCUGUGAAAAGAAACAAACAAGACCCAUGAAGAAUACAAAAUGACUAUGAGCGUUUUAGCAAAAACCUCACUCAGUUAGGCUGUAUGAAGCAUCGUCUGCUAAUCAUAUUGAUUUAAGUGAAAAAUAUAAUUUCAUGCUUGCUUUGCAGUUCAUACAUCUAUAAAACAGCAUGUGCAGUCUGAGCUAGUGGAAGUGUUUGUCAAACAGGUCACAUGGGGUUUCAAACAGCUUCUGGGAGUCUGUCCAGGCUUUAAUCUGCUUUCAAUUUAAAUAUAAGUAUAGGAACAGCUUGCUUACAUACAGUUUUACAAAUGAAGUUCAUCAUGAAGAGUGAUGAAUAACCUGAGAAAACAGUUUGAUGACUUCUGUGUCUCUGGAGGAGCUUUAUGAAGUCUAACAAAAUAACCCUGAUGUCAUAGUGAAAACUGGAUGGGGAAUAUAGGAUCCAGCACCUACGGACCUUGACCCAUAUUAGUGACUAACUUGGGAUAUAUUGUCUGCUGCUGUUUUCUUUUUUUUUUUUCUUGCAGGCCCAUAUUACAUUUAUUGAAAUACCAUACUAAACUAGCUGCAGUGCUCCUUGAAGCUGAGAGCACCAAUUAGAAGUGUUCACAUACCUGAAGUAAUUUUUUAAUCUGCUGAGACUUUGUGAUUGAUAUUUUUGUGGAUCAGAUUCAUCACACUUGUCAGCUUUGUCUAGUAAUCCAGUAAUCUUUUCAGAGAAGUUCAAAGCCACAGCAUUUUAAAAGUCACAACAUAGCAUUUGAUUUAAAUAGUUCAUGCUGUUCAUUGAAAUUUACUUACAGUUCAUAAGUAUUUAAUUAUUGGUGAUGUCAGACAAACUGUAAGCAUUUUUAAAAACGAUUAUGUUCUUGGCAAGCAAGAUUUAUUUGGUAGUGGUAGUAGAGAUAGAGACAAGUCUGUGUACACAGCUUGUUACACAGCAGUUUGUCCUCACAGAAAAGUUGCACCUAAUCAAUAACCUGCAGUGUUAGUUACCUACAGGCAGACUAAAGCUUGUUCACAGCGGUGGUAAUGACUCCAGUGGCAGUUUAUUAUAGUAUUUGUCUUUGCUUCUACACGGUGACACAACCUGCAGGACAGAUCCACUUUCACUAGUCUGACCUCUCAGCCUUUGUACAGCACAUCUGAUGUGACUGCAGCAAACUUUACCACUGUCAUAAUUGAGAAUGAGGAGUUAACGUUCCACCAGGAUCAUCCUUUAUUGGUGAGAGGGGUUGACCGAUUAACAUGACUGUGUAGUGGCUUAUGGGUGUGGAUAUAUAGCUAUAUUUUUUUAAAGGACCAGGAUGGAUAUCAGCCCUGCAAUUAAACCCUGUAACUCUAUAACCCAUUUCCCUUUCUCUUUCUUACUGUGGUUAGAUUUCCCUGACUUCCUCAGUGGGACAUGAGGUGCAGAUGUUUGGAGGUUAAAUUGAAAGCCACGAGGUCAUUUACUGUAUUGUUAUGUUGUAACAUUCUCCAAAUAGUAUAGGGAUAACAGCUCAAAAGUUGCUCAGUUAAACUGGAUUUUCAUCUCGGAUGUAUUUCAGUGUAACAUUUCAUAUGCCACUUCUCCAGUGCUGUCAGAAUCCCAUGUCUCAGCUCUGGUAUGUAUUUUUUUGUGCUGAUAUUCAUAUUUUUAUUUAUUGUUUGAUGAAUGAGUGUAGAUUUCUGUGUGCAGAACCUUUUGAAGUUUCUGUUCUCAGAAAGUGUUCUUGUACCUUAAACUGAUUUUACUAGCUCUGGUGGUCAACUAAACUAUCAAUAAAGCUGGUCCUCUUCUGCCUCAAAGUAA